CGCCGCCCCGCAGAAAUGCUUCGGUUACCCACAGUCUUUGGCCAGAUGAGACUGGUGUCCAGGGUGCUGGCUCCUCAUCUCACUGGGGCUUAUGCCAAAGAUGUAAAAUUUGAUGCAGAUGCCCGAGCCUUAAUGCUUCAAGGUAUAGACCUUUUAGCCGAUGCUGUAGCCCUUACAAUGGGGCCAAAGGGAAGAAGAACAGUGAUUAUUGAGCAGAGCUGGGGAAGUCCCAAAGUAACAAAAGAUGGUGUGACUGUUGCAAAGUCAAUUGACUUAAAGGAUAAAUAUAAAAACAUUGGAGCUAAACUUGUUCAAGAUGUUGCCAAUAACACAAAUGAAGAGACUGGGGAUGGCACUACCACUGCUACUGUACUGGCACGCUCUAUAGCCAAGGAAGGCAUCGAGAAGAUUAGCAAAGGUGCUAAUCCAGUGGAAAUCAGGAGAGGUGUGAUGUUAGUUGUUGAUGCUGUAAUUGCUGAACUUAAAAAGCGGUCGAAACCUGUGACCACCCCUGAAGAAAUUGCACAGGUUGCUACAAUUUCUGCAAACAGAGACAAAGAAAUUGGCAAUAUCUCUGAUGCAAUGAAAAAGGUUGGAAGAAAGGGUGUCAUCACAGUAAAGGAUGGAAAAACACUGAAUGAUGAAUUAGAAAUUAUUGAAGGCAUAAAGUUUGAUCGAGGCUAUAUUUCUCCAUACUUUAUUAAUACAUCAAAAGGUCAGAAAUGUGAAUUCCAGGAUGCCUAUGUUCUGUUGAGUGAAAAGAAAAUUUCUAGUGUCCAGUCCGUUGUACCUGCUCUUGAAAUUGCCAGUGCUCACCGUAAGCCUUUGGUCAUAAUCGCUGAAGACGUUGAUGGAGAAGCUCUAAGUACACUCGUCUUGAAUAGGCUAAAGGUUGGUCUUCAGGUUGUGGCAAUCAAGGCUCCAGGGUUUGGUGACAAUAGAAAGAACCAGCUUAAAGAUAUGGCAAUUGCUACUGGUAGUGCAGUGUUUGGAGAAGAGGGGUUGACCCUAAAUCUUGAAGAUGUUCAGCCUCAUGACUCAGGAAACGUUGGAGAGGUCAUUGUGACCAAAGAUGAUGCCACGCUCUUAAAAGGAAAAGGUGACAAGGCUCAAAUUGAAAAACGUAUUCAAGAAAUCGUUGAGCAGUUAGAUGUCACAACUAGUGAAUAUGAAAAGGAAAAACUGAAUGAACAGCUGGCAAAACUUUCAGAUGUAGUAGCUGUGCUGAAGGUUGGUGGGACAAGUGAUGUUGAAGUGAAUGAAAAGAAAGACAGAGCGGAUGCCCUUAAUGCUACAAGAGCUGCUGUUGAAGAAGGCUUUGUAUUGGGAGGGGGUUGUGCCCUGCUUCGAUGCAUUCUAGCCUUGGACUCAUUGAUUCCAGCUAAUGAAGAUCAAAAAAUUGGUACAGAAAUUAUUAAAAGAACACUCAAAAUUCCAGCAAUGACCAUUGCUAAGAAUUCAGGUGUUGAAGUAUCUUCGAUAGUUAAGAAAAUUAUGCAAAUUUCCUCAGAAGCUGGUUAUGAUGCUAUGGUUGGAGAUUUUGUGAAUAUGGUGGAAAAAUGAAUUAUUGACCCAACAAAGGUUGUGAGAACUGCUUUAUUGGAUGCUGCUGGUAUGACCUCUCUGUUAACUACAGCAGAAGUUGUAGUCACAGAAAUUCCUAAAGAAGAGAAGGACCCUGGAAUGGGUGCAAUGGGUGGAAUGGCAGGUGGUAUGGGAAGUGGCAUGUUCUAACUCCUAGACUAGUGCUUUACCUUUAUUAAUGAACUGUGACAGGAAGCCCAAGGCAGUGUUCCUCACCAGUAACUUCAGAGAAGUCAGUUGGAGAAAAAUGAAGAAAAAGCUGGCUGAAAAUCACUAUAACCAUCAGUUACUGGUUUCAGUUGACAAAAUAUAUAAUGGUUUACUGCUGUCAUUGUCCAUGCCUACAGAUAAUUUAUUUUGUAUUUUUGAAUAAAAAGCAUUUGUACAUUCCUGAUACUGGGUACAAGAGCCAUGUACCAAUGUAUGGCUUUCAACUUAAAUCACUGAGGCAUUUUUACUACUAUUCUGUUAAAAUCAGGAUUUUAGUGCUUGCCACCACCAGAUGAGAAGUUAAGCAGCCUUUCUGUGGAAAGUGAGAAUAAUUGUGUACAAAGUAGAGAAAUAUCCAAUUAUGUGACAACCUUUGUGUAAUAAAAAUUUGUUUAAAGUUAAAAA